GAUUAGAAUUGUACUAAGCGCAAUUAGCAACCUCGCGGUAAAUUCCGUCAGUAUUUGGCGGCCUCACGCUAAAUUCCGUGCGCAAUUAGCGACCUAGGCCUCACUCCCUGACAACCUAGCUGCUCUGAACUCCGCCCGAAACCCUAGCCGCCCCCAUCAUCCCCUUCCUCCCACUGUCCCACCCCGCCGCCAUGCCCACGCCGGCGCCGCACCUCGUCGACGAGAUCCUCGAGGAGAUCUUCCUCCGCCUGCCCACCCCGGCCGACCUCGCCCGCGCCUCAACCGCCAGCCCCCGUUUCCGCCGCAUAAUCACCGACCGCUCCUUCCUCCGCCGCCACCGCAAACUCUACCCACCUCCUCUCCUAGGGCUCGUACACCAGGAUGGCGGCUUCCAGCCAGCCGAGGCGCCCCAGGCCUCCGCCCCACUCGCCCGAGCCCUCGCCGACGCCGCUGAUUUCACCUACUCCUUCGUCCCCGUGCGCAGCAAGGGCAUCCCCUGGCAAGUCCGCGACGUCCGCGACGGCCGCGUCCUCCUCGAGGACUGCCGAUUUUUGGAGACCCUCAAAGACAUGGCGGUGUGUGAUCCCUUGUCACGGAGCUACGUGCUGCUCCCGCCCAUACCGACGGACCUCGCUGUCCAGGAAGAGCACCCACUUGAUAUCGUGCCCAUCCUUGCUCCCAUUGGCGAUGAUGAAGAUGAGAUGUUGUUCAAGGUGAUAUGCUUAGCCACCUAUGGUUCCAAGAUAACCGCGUUUGUCUUCUCGUCUGUCACACAGCAAUGGUGUAUAGCUGCAUCUAUCGCUCGGAGUUUGUCAGGCGUGGACUAUCGUCCCCUUGGACUGCGCAUGUCUCCCACUUAUGGGUUCCGUGGCUUGUCCGGUUUCGACAACGUGCGCGGAUGCUUCUACUUGGCGUCACCUUGGUUAGACAAGUUGUUCGUGCUGGACACACAAAGAAUGGAGUUUUUCACUGUGAACUAUCACACCGGCUAUGAUAUACUGCUCACACAUCUGCCUGGCCGGAUACUCAAAUUUCUCGCCAGUUACGAUAAACCCCCUAGAAUUCUACCUGGCCAGAACAGAAGUUUGCCUGGCAUUGUAGUAGGUAGAGAAGGAUAUCUCGAGAAGUUUUCUCUCGUCGGUGAUCACAGCCCAAAUGGCUCAUUUGAUCUCUAUCAUAUGACUCAGCAAAACAAUGGUGAAUCUUCCAGUGAUUGGCAGCUAGAGAAUAUUAUACCGUUGCCUCGCGGAUAUGAUUAUUUCACUGUGAGUGCAGCUGAGGGACUCUUAUUCCUUGGAGCCACUACUCAAGAUCAAGUGGAUUUUGAUAUAGCUUCCGGGGUACCAUUGUCCAGGACUGAUUGGGAUAUAGAUUAUUUUUCCCUCGAGGUCAAGACUUCUGAACUGAGGAAGGUUUGUAGGAGCAGGGGGCAAUUCUUCCAAUCUGAACAUGUUCACUGGUACUUUGGCUACCCCCCGCCGUUGUCAAAACCAAGUAUAUGAUGUGGAUGAACUCGCUUUGCUUUCAGUGUCUCUUUUGUGCCAUGCAUCUGGAGCCUUUGCGGAGAAAUGGAGGAUGGUCAAGAUGGUGCUGCCGACCUUACUUGGGCAUUCGUUUUUCUUACGAGGAAUCAGCCAUCCUGUACCUCGCUAUAUGUGCGGUAUGAGGCAAAUGUAAAACAAGAGAUGCUGCAAGCAAGGUGGAUUAGUCGAUGUACUUCGCUACAUAUGCUUAUGUUAAGCGUGUCCUAGCAAGAAAUGUUGUAAUCGACGUGAUUUUUUGUGAACUUUUACAUCCAAGAGGCUUUUUUUUGUGUGUGUGUGUAUGUGUGUUGGAAAAAUUGUCGAGUAACUUAUUGCUGUCAAAAGUCUCAGCAGUUGCAGCACAUUAUCCUCUGCUCAACAUGUUCGUGUAUCCAAUGAUCAAUUGCUGCUUUAGG